AAUCCAGGAACUGGUUUCAAGCGCCGUAUUGUACACAUUCAAAUUGUCCUGGCCGUUUAUUUAACAUGGAUUUCAUUGAUAGCGAUUUAUGUGAUUAAUUUUGUACCGGAUGCAACCUUCAAAAAAUCAAUUUUCAUUGCCGUAUUUAGCGCACUUACCAUACAGACACCCUAUCAGACGCUUCUCGGGCCAACACAAAUGCUUGUCCUCUUACUAACGAUUUUGCUAGCUGCAGCCGUCAAAAUGCUACUUAUAUUUUUGCUGGUAUCGUUGUAUGAAGGACACAGCAAGGCGGCGCGCACAAGUAAAGUGAACGAUUGCAGCAGCAAUACGGAGCAAACAAAAUUCGACGCAGUGGUCCACCUGUCCGGCGAAACAAAACUUGCCGAAUGA